AGAUAUAUUUUUACCAUCAUGGAUCGGUUUAUAGAUAUAUCAGAAGGUGAAGUGGACCAUUCCUUCUUUGACAGUGACUUUGAAGAAGCAAAGAAAUGUGAAAGUAACUUAGUUUUUGGCAAGCAAAAUGAUGACCCUAAAGGGAAAAUAGAUAAAGAUACAGAAAAUGUAAACUUGAAAUUUGGAAUACAAAGGAAGGAAAAUGCAUUAAGGGAGAAAAUUACUCCAGAACACCACCCUGUAGAAAAUGAUAAUAUGCAAACCAGAAAUUCUUUAUCAUUGACCACUUCAAGAUCAAAAAAAUUGUGGGAUGCUACAACAGGGCAUAAAAUACACUUGCCCACUCCAAAUAGAAGUCCCAAAAUUAUAAAAGAAGGUGAAGAUGAUUAUUAUACUGAUGGAGAGGAAAGCAGUGAUGAUGGGAAAAAGCAACAUGUCAGGUCCAAGUCAGCUAAACCAUCUAAUAACUUUAAAAAAAACAUAAGUAAAAAGUAUUCCAAAAGUAAUUCCUCCUCCUCCUCUUCCUCUUUGUUCUCCUUAUCUUCAAGUACAGGCACAGAUUGUUCAGAUGCAGGGUCUGAUAUCUGUAUUUCUGAUUCAUCACCAUCAUUAAAGAAAUGUCUAUGUGGUGUAACCCACUUGUCAUCAAAACAGAAAUAUAAACCAGGAAUGAAAUCAACAGGAAUACAGCCUUCAGGUAAACCAAAAGUCAGUGACUACCAUGAGAAAUCUGAAGAUACUGUGACAGAUGUCACUCCUCUGUCAACUCCAGACAUCAGCCCUGUUCAAUCUUUUGAACUGGGAGCAUCAAAUGAUCAAAAAGUAAAAGUUAAAAGGCGAGAAAAUGUGAGUCAAGAAGUAUAUGGAAAUGUUGAGGAUUUAAAAAAUAAUUCAAAAUCGUUGAAAUCAACCAAAAAAGGGCAAGAAAAACAUGGGCCUGAUCUCACAUCAAAAUCUUCAGUGUUAGAUUCCAGUUCAGACCACAGAUAUAAACAAAAAGCCUUACAUGACACAAUGGACCUCAAUCAUCUGUUGAAAGCAUUUCUGCAAUUAGAUAAAAAAGGACCACAAAAACAUCACUUUGAUCAGCCUUCGGUAGCACCAAGGAAAAACUACUCUUUCACAAGAGAGGAAGUGACAGAUAGGGAAAAUCAGAGGCUUUUUUAAGAACUGCCAAGACAGGCUGAAAAAUCAGGAAACAAAAGUACGAUUCCUAGAAGAUCGAUUGUUCAUCCCCCUAAGUUAUAUCAUAGUGCCCUCAACAGACAGAGGGAACAACAAAGGAUUGAAAGAGAAAAUUUGGCUUUAUUGAAAAGGCUUGAAGCUGUGAAGCCAACAGUUGGUAUGAAACGCUCUGACCAACUGAUGGACUAUCAUCACAAUAUGGGUUAUCUCAGCUCAUCACCGUUCUCAAGACAAGUGAGAUCAAUUCUUGGCCAGUAUAGCCCAUUAAGAGGAGCUUCUAGAACAUCCAGUGCUACCAGUGGUCUCAGUUGUAAGAGUGAGUGACCAGUUUUUGACACGUCAAGUGGUCUGUUGCUAAGACCUAAGCCCCCUAAUGUUCGUAUAGCUUGGUUAUAAAAACUUUUUGCUUUAAGCAUUGUUCAUCCAGUUCUUAUUGAAGUGCUCU